AUGGACACGCCGGCAGAGAAAUCAGAUCCACCUCAGAAUGCUGAGCCUCCUGCUGACGAUGGCAGUGAGGGUGAGCAGGAAGCUGAGGAUUGGGGUGAUGAGUUCAAUCAGAUGGCCCCUAAGGCCAAAGCCAAAGCAGCGUCAAGAGGCAAGGGCAGAGGUAGGGGAAAGGCCAAGGCAAAGUCGAAGGCAGGUGGGGCAGGCAAGAAAAGAGAGCCUGUCACCAGCUGCAUCUGCCCUGGCUGCCCAUUCCCAAAAUACCCAGGGAGCCGCUUCUGUGCAACAAACGAUCAUAAAAAAGCCUGGGACAAUAUGGUGUAUCAAAGAAGAAGCCGCAAGAGCCUCACGGAGAAAGAGCGAAGCGCGUUCGAUGAGGCCAUGAAAGAUGAUAUGGCUGCAGGCCGUGCAGUGGAAGCCUUCGCUCGGGACAACCCUCCUGAGAUGAAAAAGAAAGGCUUGGUGGACUUCGCUCAGUUCUUGCGGAUCGUUGGGCAAAGGGUUGGCAAACGUGACACAAGCGGUGAUGUCCCGAUGACAGAACGGGCCUUUUACAAACAUUGUGAGAAUGUUUGGGGCUUGUCUGAGUCGGAAGCUGCUGAGUUGUGGAGGGAUUAUGACAGUGAUCCCCAGACUGAACGGGACAGCAAAGGGUUUCAUGGAGCUUUGCGCUUGUGGAUCCCGGCGCAUGAAAUCAAAACAAGAGAGAGAGAGCACUACGUGGACAAUAGAGUUACGGAAGGAUCAGAUGUGAUGAAGGCACCGUCUCUGGAAGACCGUCGGAUCUUGAAGGACAUAGACCACCUGCGUCGCCAAGACUUGGGCUUCCGUGAUGACCAUUUCCAGAUCAGUUCUGAUCAACAUGUUGAUGUGGCAAUGCGAACGCCGGUCAAAGGUGCAGCUCUUGCUGAGGGCCCUGGGAAUGUGAAACCUGAGGUUGAAGACAAGUUGGAACCCCCAGAGAAAUCGGUCAACAUGACCAGGGAAAGACCUAUGUUUCACAGAUCUGCAGACGCCGGGCUCCGAAAAAUGAAAGCCGAGUUGUCAAAGGUCAUGCUGGCAGGGGUGGCGGCCAGCGUUGCUUGGCGUGCUCACCCAAAUGAGUUGAAAACUACUGACCGUGCCUUGCUUGCAUUCUGUCGUGUGUUCCAAUUUAGAUUUGAAGCGGGACAUCGAUGCUUGGGCUCUCCAGAGGACAUCGUGCAGCUGGUCCCAGACAACUCGCUGUGUUCUGGAGACUCAGCUGCCGGGUCUGCGGGUGCCGAUGAGUCAAGCUGCGCUUGGACUGAUGGUAUGACAGAUGCACAGAAAACGAAGGUGAAGGAAGCAGUGGAUGCUAGAAAGAAGCUGUCCUUUGAAGACUUUCUCAAGGAAAGCAGGACAACGCAGCAGAAGUUUUGGGAUGGUGAGCAGACGGCCCUUGUACCCUUGGCUGUGCUUGAGAGCCUUGUGGAGAAGAUUCUGGAAACACAUGAAGUGGGAGCCUUUCUUGAGUUGAAGAAGCAAUGGGCAAACGCCCAGGUGUGCAUGCAAACUUUUACAAAGGGCAUCAAGCAAUCUGCGGAUGACUUGGUGAAACAUAUGAAGGUGAAGGUGGCUGAAGCUGCCCGGGAGAAGAAAAGAAAGGCCGAGGAUGACGCAAAGGCUCAGCUGCAGAAGAUCAGAGAAGAGGCCAAAACUGCGGCUGAUGCCAUCAAGAAACGCAAGACUCAGCAUGAGAAAGUGUGUCCAGCCCUCUUUACAGCUACCUGGGAUGAACAGGCUGCUCCGAAAGUCAAUGCAAUUGACGAUCCCGAAUCACUGAAAGAUGGUGAUUGGGCAUCUCCAUGGAUCAUGGUCAAUACCGAGAAGUCUGAGGCUGUGAAGGAAUGCAUUGGUGGAACUGCUUUGUCCCGGUCUUUGACAUCAUGGGGAGGGCAGUACAAAAAGAGUAUGGCACAGGCAAAGUUGCAUCACGUGACCUACCCACUUGAUGCCAAGACUGGUUUGAACGAGGUCAACGCUUUGUUCGACUUAUGGAUCGGAGAUGGCCGCAAGGUUGACAUUUCAGAGGUGAAGGGCGGGUCAGCCUUCAUGGAAGCUGCCUGGCUUUUUGGAUGUAGUGCUGAGAUGAAACAUGUGGGGUUCAACACCAACCAUGCAGGUCUUAUCAAAGUACUUGCAGUUGGGGAGGUUCGCCAUCUUCUUCUGGAGUGGCAGUCAUUUGUGGAAGCCUUCCAGGAGUCCCUUGGGGAUGGAUCUGACGGUCUCAGCCCUGAGGACCUGUUUGAAAAAUUCAAAGAAGCGGAUGAGAACAAGAUCAUUGAGUUAUGCAAGCGUGGGGCCAACAUGUCGCAGUGCAUUCUCAAGAAGCAUGACAUCCUUUUUGUUCCGACAGGAUGGGUGACGGUAGAAGUUUCUUCCGAUUGCACUUUGAUCUAUGGCUUCCGCAAGUCUGUCUUCUUGAAAGGAUCUGCUGAGGCGUACAGCACGGCCGUGAAGAUUGUGAAGGGUGGUGGUGGCAAGUCCGUCACUCGGAUGGAGCAAAUCCUGGAGAAGUUGAAGUAG